AUGCAAUCUCCCUUCAGGGCUAAAGGGACCGAGCAAAACCAGUCACAUAGGUCGGCCGAUACGCGAAACUCCGAGGGCAAAAAGCACGAAGCCACAUCCCAGGAGUAUAAGUCAUCAGAUCGGUGGGCGCGAGGGUCUAAGAACACAGAGCAAAUUCCACGAGGCAUGCGGGAGUCAAAUAUUGCAACAUCCAAUUCCAAGGCCCAUCCGGAGCCGUCGGGCACAAACGGUCGUGGCCAUACGCAUGGCAAAGAUCGCAGCUCUCAUCAUCGGGAAUCGAAAACCCACGAUCGGGAAGGUCAGAAGUCGCGGGGAGCCGUCUCUAGAAGACCCCAUGGUCGCGAAGAUGAAGACGCAAAACACCAGAGCCGUGAUGCCAAAGCGCGCGAUGGCGGCGAGUCCAAGAACCGGGAGUCAAGAAGCCGAAGGCCCAGAGAAGGCAAUGCAAGGGAUAGAAGCCAAAGAGAUGCCGGUUCGACAUCGCGGGUCCCCCCACUCACUCGUAGACCGAUAUGGGGAGAGCGAGGCGAAGACACAUGUGCGCCCAAUCACAAAAUUUUGAGAGACAAGGCGCCUGAUCACACGGAUGCGCCCUGGUAUGUUCGCAUGUGGAUAGCGGCAUACAUGCGUUACCGUGGGCUAGACGACAAUUUGGCGGCUGGCGUCCAUUACACGGGUGCCGAGUUUUACGAGCUCAGUCUCGAAGAUGUGGUCGAGUUAUUCAUCCAUAAAUGCGGCGUCAAGGAUAAAGAGGCGCAGAUAUUAGGGCGCGAUGUCUGGGAAUGCGUUCAUGUGAGUUUCAAGGCAUUUGGAGCGUUCCUGGCAUUCACUGCAAAACAUAAUCCAGCUAAACUCUCUGCACAGAUUAAACAACCAUCUACAUCAGAUUUGACAAGCCUUCAAAGGUAUGCAAACUUUGUGGGAGAAGAUGUGCAGCGACUUCAUGAUUUGGUUGCGAAAGACUCGGGAGUGUUUACGCGUAUAUUGAGCAUUUUCUUUUGGGCGAGGGCAUUCAUCAAGAUGAUUGCUAUGACUUAUGUUGGAAUAAUAUUUGCCGUUAUUGUUAUUGGAUGUAUAUCAGUCUUUGUUUUCGAGUCGGAGAAAGCUAAGAAAGCCCAGGUUUGA